AUGUCCAUUCACUCAGUGAAACGACACCAAAACCACUUGGCUUGGGACAAGAGUAUUCAGCCCGUUGUAUAUGUGCAGUCAGGCGAAACGAUCACCUUUGACUGCCUGGACGCCUCUAAUGGCCAGAUCACGCCAACAUCCACAGCAUCAACCAUCUCUUCACUCGUGUUUUCACAGCUUGACCAAGUCAGCGGCCCCGUUCACAUAGAGGGUGCGUUGCCCGGAGAUACCCUCCAAGUGGAUGUCCUGAAGAUCGAGACGGCCAAUUGGGGGUGGACCGGGGUCAUCCCUGGAUUCGGGCUCCUCCACGACGAGUUCUCCCAGCCGGCGCUGAAGAUUUGGGAGCUGGACACGAAUGGCGGGCUUGCUUGGUUUGAUCGCGAGAAGGGGAUCAAAAUUCCUUUGCGUCCAUUCCCCGGUGAGAUGGGGGUUGCACCAGGCAAGGAUGGCGCCUUUUCGACGAUUCCUCCCUACAAUACGGGAGGGAAUCUGGACACGAAGUACCUCCGUGCGGGGUCGACGUUGUAUUUGCCCAUUGAAGCAGAAGGAGGGCUGUUCUCCAUCGGAGACGGACAUGCGGCUCAAGGCGACGGAGGUACCGCGAUUGAGACGCCUAUACAGGUAACGGUACGGCUCACCGUCAGAAAAGACAAACCAUACACGAAGACACCGCACUACACGACCACCGAAUCUGCUAUUCAGGAAGAGUAUUACUGUACUACAGGGGUUGACGCGAAUAUCGAGACAGCUACGAAAGCGGCUGUGCGGUACAUGAUAGACUACCUUGUCGCAGAACACCAACUAGAGCGGACAGAGGCUUACAUGCUUUGCAGCGUAGCUGGGGACCUAAAAUUGCAUGAGGUGGCCGAUAUUCCCCUCCAAGCUCCUUCUCCGAGCAAAUCGAACGGUCUAGUGAUGCUGACUCCGUCUUUCUUUCUCACAGUUCCUCAUCUGGAUGAACUUCAGCUUGCCAAGGAUUUUAUCGCCUUCGAACUUCCUCCUCCUAUCUUGUAUUCCUAUACAUCCAGCAUCAUUACUGCCGCAGAACUCGCUGUGCAUCAUCCAUAUCCUGCUGCCACUCAUACCAAGCAAGCUACUAUGAAAUUUCUCGCAGUCGCGCUCGCACUAUUUGCCCUUACUGGGGCGCAGGCUCGUCCAGCCAGCGAAGACACCUUCGUCCCAGACCUAGCAGCCGACUCCAAGGCAGCAUGUGGAUAUGGCGCAUGUGGCGCGCCGACCUGGACCACUUGCUGUUACCCAUACGGCUGUGUCGCUGCAUCCAGCGGCCAAGGAAAAUGCUUCAGAUAUCAGUGA